GCGGGUCUUGGGCCUAGGCCGCUGGGGGUUCUGCUGCCCCGGCCCCCGGGCUCAGUGCGCCUGCGCCGCUCCCCAGGGCGGGGGCCCCGCGCGGUGGGACCCCCGGGCCGGGCCGGGCGGGGCCCGGGGUCGGGGGGCCUCGGGACGCGGGCGAGCCUCCGGGCUCCGGGCAGCCCCCGCAACCAGCCCGCCGCCGCCCCUCCGAGUGCGGGGCCAACGAUCGGGGAGCGUCCGCACCCGGCCCCCUCCUGCCGGAGGCGCCUUCUCGGAGGGCGCCCGGGGCUGAGGAUGCACCGGCGGGGCUGAGGCGUCCUCGGCCGCCCGCCGCCCAACCGCCCCUGCCCCGGAGUCUGGGAGCAGAGCCAACCAGCCCCCUGCCAGGUUGGUGGGAGCAGCCAGCGGCCGGGGGAUGAACUGCCGGGCAGAGGUCCUGGAGGUGUCCGUGGAGGGGCGGCAGGUGGAGGAGGCCCUGCUGGCUGUAUUGCACACCGUGCUUCUGCAUCGGAGCACUGGCAAGUUCCACUACAAGAAGGAGGGCACCUACUCCAUUGGUACCGUGGGCACCCAGGACAUCGACUGUGACUUCAUUGAUUUCACCUACGUGCGGGUCUCCUCUGAGGAGUUGGACCGGGCCCUGCGAAAAGUUGUUGGAGAGUUCAAGGAUGCCCUUCGGAACUCAGGCGGUGAUGGCCUAGGGCAGAUGUCCUUGGAGUUCUACCAGAAGAAGAAGUCGAGGUGGCCAUUUUCUGAUGAGUGUAUCCCAUGGGAGGUGUGGACGGUUAAGGUCCACGUGGUGGCCUUGGCCACAGAGCAGGAGCGACAGAUCUGCCGAGAGAAGGUGGGGGAGAAGCUUUGUGAGAAGGUCAUCAACAUCGUGGAGGUGAUGAACCGGCAUGAGUACUUGCCCAAGAUGCCCACACAGUCCGAGGUGGACAACGUGUUUGAUACGGGGCUUCGGGAUGUGCAGCCCUACCUCUACAAGAUCUCCUUCCAGAUCACAGAUGCCUUGGGUACCUCAGUCACCACCACCAUGCGGAGGCUCAUUAAGGACACGUUGGCUCUCUAGAGUUCAAAGAGCCAGGUUGAGGGAGAGGACCGGAUGGGAGACUGACUCUCAGUAGCUUUCUGAAUGACUGUGGGCCUCAGAAAUGGGGUGGCUGCAUUCUUUCUCUCCUUGGGGACUUGAAUGGGCAAGGUGCAUGUAGGGGGGAAUCUGCUCUCUGUUGCUGGGGGAUAUCAGAAGGGGUUGUGACAAAAAUCGGGGGUUUAGGUACCUGGGCCAGUGGGUAGAAGUCGGGCCUCCUGGCCAAGCUUCAUAGAAGCAACCUGUUAUCCUCAGGCCCUUCUUCCCUCCUCAGAUGACCUCUUGAAUGGUAGCUCCUCCCCUCUUUUUUUUUUUUUUUUUUGCUGACAGCAAAGGCUCCUUCCCCAUCUCUCUCAAACUGUUGGAGAUGUGUUUAUCUUCAGGUCCUUACUUAGGACCAUUUUUCUGUCUUUUCAAACCUCUGGGGUGGGAGUCCCUUUCCCCUCUGCCUCUUCUGUACAGAAAACACACUAAGUAAUAGUGAAUAAAAGUUGGAAAUGUGA